AUGCAAGCGGUGAGAGAAGCUAGCGCCAUUGACGCUGCAACAGCCGCUGGCCGUCCUUCGGACGCCGCAAUCACCGCGGCUGGCCGUCCCGACCAAGCUUUCGACCAGCUGAGCCAGCUUCCGUCGCCGAGGGAGAUGUUCCACGAGAAUGCCUCUCGUCGCUCCCCCCCCUCCCCGCAAACGCCGCGAGUCCCGCUGCAGUUACCGUUGCAACCACCGUUGCAGCCAGAACAGGAAAGCGUGGCGGCGCCACUGCUGACACGCCAUCACGUGGCGAGGGAUUUGGCUCGAUCGUCCCCGCUCUCGGCGGGUUUGACAUCGAAAUCACCUUCAUUCUCCACGCAACAACCCUCCUCAUCGCCCGUUCCGAACGUUACUGCCACCGUCAUAGCAGCUAAUCCUGCUCCAGCGCCCGCUCCUGGCGACAGCGCGAUUGUCGCAGCUGCAGCAGACGCGUCGUUGGUUUCACCAUUCUCAAUCCCGGCUCGCUCCAGCGGCGUUUUCUACUCACCAGCAUCGCCACCCCAGCAAACCACCACGACCACCCACAUCAGUGGAAGCACCGCCCACUUCGGCGGUAGUACCACGCAUUUCCGCUUCACUACUAUCGCCCACUCUCGAAACCGAGCCCUAUCCGCCCCCCACCUUGGCGAUCUUGGUUCAUCCUCGUUAUUGCUAUUCCCGCGUUCGCCCAACGCAGCAGAAUCGGCCCCUCUGUCGCACUCCACCCAUCCGAAUCUCUCCCCCACCAGCAGCCUCAGCACGACCAGCACCACACUCCCCGCCGUUCUUGGCGCAGCGCUAAGCCCGCCGCCAUACCGUCAAGCCACUGCUGCUGUACUUCCCCUCGACCUUCCCCUCGACCUUCCCCGCGACCUUUCCCCAGAUCUUACCCCUCCCCCUGGCCUUCCGCCUGACCUUCCCCCCGACCUUCCCAGUGUUGGCUCAGCGGGAAGACCCAUUGCUGUCGGUGCGUUGGUGGGAGAGGCAGAGGUAGGGCGGAGUGAGGCGGAAGAAAGGGAGGCGGAGUGGCGGCUGUGCGCAGAAGAGAUGGCGCAGCUGAAAGCGCUGCUGCUGGACGAUGCCGACCGUGGCGACGGCGGCGGCUGUGCCGGAACGCAGAGCGCGCCACUGGGGCAGUGCGCCGAGCAGGCGGGGCUACCAGGGCAGCGCGCGGAGCACGAUGGUUCGCGGAGGGCCGUUUCGCGGAGCAACGGCGACCCGCCCGCGCCCCACCCGGCUGAAAUGUUCUUAGCAGCCGCCGCUACUAGUCAGGGAAACCCCCACCAGAGAUUUGCGGUGCAAGCUAACCCACAGCAGCAGCAGCAGCAGCAACGACAAGGGCGGUCACAGCAGAACGACAUUUACCGCCAGUACCUGCUGGCUGAACUUCGGAAAGCGCGCGCGUCCAUGCUUUCUCGUGGCGCCACCGCUUCUCUGGGACUCCCAGAGCACGCGCCCUCACCCGGUGAUCAAACGGCCAACAAACGCCCCGGGAACGCGGUCCUUGAAAAAGCGAUGGUUCUUGAGGCACCGUCAAAAGAAGUCGUGACCUCACCCGGUGGUCGAACGGUCAACAAUCGGCCUAGGGCAGCGGUGGUCCCUGGAAAGGCCAAGGCUGCGACUGCGGGGGACGUCGCGUGCCUGGGCGUGGGGGUUGGAGGUGGGGGCGGGCGGAGCGCGAUGGUCCAGUCCGCAAUGGUCCAGUCUGCGAUGCUGACGCCCCUGGGGAUCGUUACACUCUCACCGCAAGCACGCGCCAACUCCGGUGCAUGUUUUCCCGGAUCUCCUUUCGGGAACGCUGGAGUGAGGAAAGAGAAGGAGGGGGAGAAAGAAGCAACGGGAGCUGUGAGGGAAGCAACGGAAGCGGCGCGGGAAGCCGACGAGCAGGAGCUGCGUGAGAUAUGCAGUUUGCUGUUCUCCGCGGGAGCACGGGAAGCGGAUGGCUUCUUACAGGGUGCGCUGGAUGGGGCUGGUGGGAAGGGCGUGGUUGGCGGAAGCUCUGGUUGGGAAGCUUCAGGGUCGCAAUUACUAGGUAGCACCUCACUCCCGCAGCAGCAGGGAACAUUGCAGCAUAAACUACCGCAUCGCACUAUACCGCAGCAAGCAACACCGCACCACGCGGCAGCAACGCACGCAACACCGCGCCACGCAGCAGUACCGCGCGCAACACCACACCAUGCAGCAGUACCGCACGCAACACCGCACCAUGCAGCAGUACCGCACGCAACACCGCACCACACAGCAGUACAGCACGCAACACGGCACCACGCAGCAGUACCGCGCGCAACACCGCAGCACACACUGAUCCACGACCAAGUCCCGUUGAUGGUCACCGAGCAGGAGACGAUGCCAUUGCAGGGCGUGCUAGCGGCAGCGGCAUUUCAAGCGGCAGCUGUGGAGCCGUUUCAAGAGUCGACGCUGACUCGACAGGAGAUGAUGCUAUUACAAGACGUGCUGGCAUCACCCUUCGCCACGCGGCCGUCGGCGUCCAGCGCGGAGUUCCCACGGGGAACAUUCGAGCAGCCCCAGCGUCGCGCGCCCAAGUCCGAAGCGCAGCGCAGCAGCGGCAUGGCAGGGGAGCGAGAUUUGUCGAGGAGAAACACGCGGGGUGCGGAGCAAGGCGCUGUCCAUCACACCGUCAAGCAGCUUCGAGCCGUGGUGGCUGGAUCGUCGUCGUCUCCGUCGGACGACGGUCUCACAUCAGCAGCAGAAACCGCGGGAGAAGCAGCCGCAGCUGCCGCAGCAACAGGCGCUCAGCUCUUUUUCAACCAAUCUAGAAGCAGCACCACAGGCGGCGGUGCUGGUUGUGGUACUAGAGCCACGUGUCCUCGCACCACUGCUGUUGGCGCGAGCGGUCCUACUGUGACCGCCGUUGGUGUUUCUAGUGUCGGUGCUGCUUGUAUCGGUGCGAGUGGGGACAAUACGGCUGCGCUACUUCCUUCAAUGAGGACUGCGGAGGACAAGUCACUAUUAGUGCCCACCACGGUCGACCGCUCAAGUGUCGAAUCCAGCCGAGUGUCAGUAUCCGUGCCCGCAAAAGCCUUUACGCUAGAGGAUCAGCAAUACCACCACCCUGAAUCGUCACACGGCUUUGGCGGGAAACGAGUAAUUAAUGACGCAGGUGCCUGGACGCUUUGGGAUGGGAAUCAGCCAGUUUGGAACGCUGGAGAUUUGGAUUCAGUACGCAUCGACGGCUUUCCAGGAUUCUCUCCCCAGCCGGUCACGCCGCCGCCGUGGGAUGGACUGCGCUGUCUGGUGUGCGGUUCGGAGCUUAGCAAGGAUAACACGACGGCAGCGAGGGUGUUACCCAACUACGUGGGGCCUGAGGGACUAGGACGGACGCUCAAAUUGCGAGUCCACGGGUGUAAUGACUGCCUUGGACUGCUCAUUCCAUCGUACAUUCGGAGCUUGGAGAGGGAAACGGCUCGGGAGUCUGUUGCUGGUGGUUCGCGAAGGGUCCAAGGGAGUGGAAGUGAAACGGGAGGAGAUGCGAAUGAUGCAGACGCUCCUGUCGGAGAAUUGCGAGAGGACCUGCACAUGAAGAAUGUUGGAGCUGGAGUGGAGGAGCCUCUGCAAGAGCAGGAAGCAGAGACAGAACGAAACAGAAGCAAGUCGCAUGAGAAGGAUGUGCAGAAAAGAGGGGACGUGGAGGCUUUGCGAAUGGAAAUUGGAAACAAGGAGGAUUUGCGGGUUCCUUUUGAGCGAUACGGCCAGAUCAAGGAUGUCUACCUACCAAAGGACUAUCACACAGGAGAACCACGUGGAUUCGGAUUUGUGCAGUUCGUGAACAUGGCGGAUGCGGAGGACGCGCAGUACGAGCUGGAUCGGACCAACUUCAACGGCAGGGAGAUCACGGUUGUCUUCGCGGAGGAGAAUCGCAAGAAGCCUGACGAGAUGAGCACCAGGGAGCGAUACAGUUCAAGGGACCGUCCAUCUUUCGGGAGGCGCCGAGGCCAUUCACGAUCACGCUCGCGCUCCCCUCCAGGCCGACGAUCCUUCUCGCCUCCUCCCCGCCGCCGCUCUCGCUCCCCUCCCCCCCGACGCAGCGGCCCUCCGCGCAGGUCGCCCAGCUAUUCCAAUGAAGAUCGGGAUCGCAGCUACAGCCGCUCGCCCUCACCCCGUGGCCGUGGCCGUGGUCGCUCCCCUCCGCCGCCUCGCAAUGGCAGUGCCGGGGCUCCUAGGCAGGGGUCGGAGUGGUAG